AUGUUACCCCGAUUAAUACAGGCCAUUUUAAUAUUUUCUGUCAUCAUCAACCAGAAUCGGAUAAUCUGUCAAAAUGAUGUAUCGCUCAUGCAGAUCCCUAUAAUCAAUUUACUGAUGCAAUCCGCAGCUCCUAAUUAUACACCUAAAAAUUCUGGAGACCUGUUUGAUAUACUAAGGGAUAAAUAUCCACUACCUAAUGGUCUAAAGUCGCCAUUAUCAGAGUACGACUACAUCAUAGUUGGAGCUGGUUCUGCUGGCUGUGUGCUCGCAGCCCGUCUCACUGAGGACCCUAACGUCAGCGUCCUCGUUAUAGAAGCUGGGAGACCAGAGAACUACUUCACUGAUGUACCGUCUUUAGCGCCCUUCUUUCAGCUCACGGAGUACGCUUGGCCAUACUUUAUGGAACCGCAGCCUGGCAUCUGCUUAGGUCUAAUAAACAAAAAAUGCUAUUGGCCAAGAGGGCGAGCUGUAGGAGGCACCAGCGUCAUCAACUACAUGAUCUACACCAGAGGCCGGCCUGAAGAAUGGGACAGCAUGGCGAGUGCUGGAAACUAUGGAUGGUCCUAUGAAGAAGUACUGAAAUACUUCAUGAAAACAGAAGACGCUCGUUUAAAGGGUUAUGAAAACGCGCCAUAUCGCGGGAAAACCGGUGAAAUGAACAUCGAAUUCCCAAACCUUAGAUCUCCACUAAUAGAAGCGUUCUUGGAAGCAGGACGAAUAUUAGGAUCCCCUACAAUAGACUAUAACUCCCCAGAACAACUAGGCUUUGGAUACGUGCAAACAAAUAUCAAAGCUGGUAGAAGACAAAGUGCUGCCAAACUAUUUCUACGACCAAACAAAAAACGAAAGAACUUACACAUACUACACUCAACUACAGUGACUAAAGUCCUAAUAGAUGAACUUACUCGAACCGCGUAUGGAGUCGAAUACGUUAGACAUCGAUUGAAAAAUAAAGUAACAGCACGACGAGAAGUUAUUGUAUCAGCUGGACCAAUAGCUUCGCCACACUUACUAAUGCUAUCAGGAAUAGGACCAGAAGAGCAUCUUAGAAGCCACGGAAUACCUGUUAUCAAAAACUUACUAGUCGGUCAAACGCUAUAUGAUCAUAUAAGUUAUCCGGGAUUAGUAUUCACCUUAAAUACCACUAAUGUAGCUUUCAACGAAAAUAAAGAUGGUUCAAUCGCGAAUUUUCUGGAAUGGAUGCAGUUCGGUGACAAUAUAGUCGCGAGUCCAGGUGGGGUAGAAGGGCUCGGAUAUAUUAAAAUAAUUGCUGAUGGACAAGAUAGAAUACCGGAUAUCGAAUUAAUAAGUCUCGGCGGUUCAAUAGUAGCAGAUGGAGGACCUAAGGGAAGCAAAGCAGCACGACGAGGAAUGAUGAUUUCUCCAGAAAUAUUUGACAAAGCGUUUGGUGCAAUAGACAAUACGGAAACAUGGAACGUGUUUCCAAUGUUGCUUCAUCCAAAAUCUGUAGGUUAUCUAGAAUUGAAAGACAAAAAUCCAUUUAGUCACCCUCGUAUUUAUGGCAAUUAUUUAGCACAUCCUCAGGAUAUAGUAACAAUAAUUGCUUCGAUACGAUAUAUCCAGGCUUUGGCUUCAACUCUACCAUUCCAACGAUUUGGUGCGAGGUUACAUAGAGCCGAGUUCUCAGCGUGCCGAGAAAUGGCUUAUGACUCAGAUGAGUACUGGGAGUGUGCGCUGCGAAUUCUCACAAUCACACUUCAUCAUCAAAUUGCAACAUGUCGGAUGGGGCCAGAUUUUGACCCGCUAGCUGUUGUGGAUCCAGAGUUGCGAGUUCACGGGGUAAACCGGCUUCGUGUGGUAGACUCCAGUGUUAUACCUCGAACUAUUUCAGCGCACACGCACGCCCCAGCUGUUAUGAUUGGGGAAAAGGCCGCAGAUAUGAUUAAGGUCACUUGGGGUGGAUAG